AUGGCGAAGCUUCCCCUCUCCGGGCUUCUCAACGAGCGCAGUAGCGUACCACUCUCGGGCAGUCCCUCUCCGCCGCUCCUUCUCCGGCUCAACGCCCGUCGCUCAAGCAGUCGCCAAGCCGAUGCUGGGGCUCCGGAGUUGUCAAUACGCGCGGCGGGUUUGUCAGUGAUAAGCGUCUUCGAUUUAGAGCCCAUCCUCACCGUGAUAAAGGAGAUUGGGGCGGAAGUGACGUUUGAGGGAAGGGGUAUACGGCCAAGAUGCUUGCAAAUGGCGACUCGAAUACGAGCUAGUGCCCUGGUAGCCAGAGGCCGGAUCGGGGCCGGCGAUUCUAGACAUAGGGACGGCGUCGAUGUGGGGGGCGAGGAGACCUGGUUCAUGAGCCCUGAAGGGAGGAAGAGGGAGAGGCUUGUCUCCACACCCAUACGUACCUUAAGCGAACACGAGCUGUAUCACCUGCUGUCGACACAGCGUAAGGGCUCUCGAAUCGGCCUCCAACGCUCCAAGAUCAAGAUGCCCGAACGUGCGCUAUGGGCGCGGGCGUAUGCUGACAAGAUCCAUAAAGGCGUACUCCGCGCAUUUCGAUGCACGCGCUCCGGCGCGGAGUUUUCGCCUCACUCCCGCAAGGCGAUAGCAAUCGACACCCCCUUCGACAUCCAGGACGCACUGCGCAAGGCCGACCGCCUGGCCUUAGAGCGAGAGCUGGCAGCGGAUACAGCCCCUCCUGACGAGCACGACGUCGAGCUCAAGGCGAGCGCUCGCGAGCGCGCUGCUUCCAAGAAUAAAUAUCGGGCAAAGAGGAGGGCACGAAGGGAGGACGAGCUGGCACGGGUGGGCACGUCUCAGAAGCGUGUUGCUCGUAAGCGGCGCCAUGCUGCACAGUUCGAGGUAGAGGUGCCGGACACACUUGAGCAGAUGCAUGGUAGCACGUCUGGAUACCAAGCACGCCGUCUUCCGGUGAGUGCUCUGGAGCGGAAGGAGAUAACGCUGGAAAGUGCGGAGAUAGAGGGGUUUCAACGAGUGGAUGAUAUGACCCCCAAUGCUCUGGGGACCGAUGGUGACUCGCUCGUGGUUGCGGUAUUGGCAGGAAGCCUUUCGCAGAAGGGGAGCUGGCUGGAGGGCCCCCACGCGGUCACCGCCGCCCUUGCCAUCGCCCAAGCUCCAUAUCACUUCACGCCGACUCCGGAAAACCAUCGCCGCGGGGAUUUCCUGCAGCGUGGCUUGGGAUAUCCCAUGGAGGUGGCCGGAAGGUAA